UCUUAGAAUACGCAGGUCAAUAAUUUAGCAACAAUAAUAUUAGAAGAUAAUGUUAGUGGGCACGCAAGAACCCUAUUGCCAGAGGAGAGAAUUAGGACCCAUGUCUUAGUGUUGUGGUAAAAUAUUUGCCGUCUGGUCUGCCCCAGACACAUGCAACUCAAGUACAACAUGAGCAGGAUGCCCACCCUCCUCAGGACGUUCCCACUCGGUUGAGAAGACACAUCGCGCACCCAGGGAGCUACAGAUGAGAUUAUUUUCAAUUCUGUCUGAGCCAAGUGUGGAAGAGCAGGCACAGUCCGGACGUGAUGACGUGCGGAGCUAUUGGCACCGACACAGAGGGCGCUGAGGUCUGCGAAGGAGGCGGUCAUUCAGCCGCCGUGUUUCUGCUCAUCUGUAAAGGAAGCGCCUCGUCUGGGGGAGCUGCUGCUGCCGAGGGCCUGGCUGGGAAAGCCUCCUGCUCGGGUCACCCCUCACCCACCUCGGACCCCCAGGGAGGCGUUCAACGACCGGCCCCUGGGAACCAGAGGGAGCUGCGAUCCAGGGGCCUCGGACCCCAUGGGCUUCUCGGGAAUGAGGGUCCUCGGCGUUCUCGCGGUCUUCGCCUCCUGCUUGGUAGCCCUCACCCACAGCGGCUUCUGGCAGUUUCAAAGGAUGGUCAAGCACAUCACCGGGCGGAGUGCCUUCUUCUCCUAUUACGGAUAUGGCUGUUACUGCGGGCUCGGGGGCAAAGGGACCCCAGUGGAUGACACUGACAGGUGCUGCCUGGCGCAUGACUGCUGCUACGAGAAGCUGAAGCAGAUCGGCUGCCAGCCCCUGCUGAACAGCUACCAGUUCCACAUCGUCAACAGCACCGUGGUCUGUGGAUGUGCCCUGGGUCCCAGUGUCGGCUGCCUCUGUGGGCUGGGGGCCUGCGAGUGUGACAAGCAGUCUGUGUACUGCUUCAAAGAGAGCCUGCCCACCUACGAGAAAAACUUCAAGCAGUUCUUCCUGAGCCGGCCCCGGUGCGGCAGGCGUAAACUGAAGUGCUAGGGAGGCCACGGGACCCUUUUGUUGGUCAGCAUCUGCUGCAGGAUCACUUCCGGGAAGCCCUCUCCCAUCAUCCCGACCAGCUCCAGUUCCUGCAGCUCACACUCUGGCGUCUGGCCAGGGGUACCUCUUUAUCACUCGGCAUCAGAGGGUUAGAGAAUCAAAGACAAACUCUUGGCAUCCUAUAGAGGGAGACAGGCCCUAAGCAUCUACAUAAAUCAGGGACACAUUUCCAUAAUAGAAAGUGUUGGGAGGCAACA